GCAGAACAAAGCCAUCUCUCUCUCUCUCUCUCUCUCUCUCUCUCUCUCGCUUUCUCUCUCUCUCUGGAUCAAAGCAAACAAAUAUAGAAAAAUACACUGAAAAUAAGAAAAUUAAGAAUUUCUGCAACAUUUUAAUUUUAAUUUUUUUUCUUUUAAUUUCCAUCCCUAAAUAUAUCACAAUCCAAACAGUAGGAUCUGAAUCCUAUGAUGCUUCCAAACCCCACUGCACAAGUCUUCUGAUCUCCCUCUCCAUCAAUCUCGCAUUCAUUGCGCUUCUUUGAUCUUCGCCACUGAUGCCAAUCUCUACGCUUCUGAUCCAUCGAUCCGAUUGAACGAAUGAAGUUUUUCUUGGCGAAUUCUAGGGCUUUCGUUGUCACUCUGCGCGCGAUUCACCGCAUCCAUGGCCUCCAAGAUCCCCGGCCAGUCGACGAUACCCCCGCCGUGUCCCCACCUGGCCGAGUUCCGUUCCCGGCACGGUCCCAAGCCGUUCCGCGCUCUGCAGGAGUGUCUACGGGUCCGGCCGCCGGGUCGCGCCGCGAUCCGCCGAGACCCGUCGGAGGUGCCGCGGUGCGGCGCGUGCGGGGAUGCGGCGGCUGCGAGGCUCUAUGCUUGCGUCGCUUGCGCCGCCGUGUACUGUCACGCGCCGCCCAGGUCGUCACACGCGGCUGCGCACUCAGAUUCGAUGCCUCCCGGACACGAGAUCGCCGUCGACGUCGACCGCGCCGAGCUUUUCUGCUGCGCGUGCCGGGACCAGGUCUACGACCGGGACUUCGACCAAGCGGUCGUGGUUGCGCAGACGGCGUCGCAGGCUGGCACGAUCCCUUCUCCUCCGCCGGAAAAUCUCAGGAAGCGGCGGCGCGUGGACUACCGCCCGUGGACGCCCGAUCCGAGGGAGCGAGUCUUGGUGAAGAAAAAUUCAAGCCCAUUGCAGCGAAUGGACGGUGUGUCUGUCUCCGACCUUCCGGAAGGAUUGCGGGGUCUGAACAAUCUGGGAAACACAUGCUUUAUGAACUCCGUGUUGCAGGCAUUGCUUCAUACGCCUCCGCUGAGGAACUAUUUCUUGAGCGAUCGGCAUAACCGGUUCUUUUGCCAGCAGAAGAACAAAGCCAAGAGGAAUGAUGGUUGUAGUAAUAAGAAUUCGCGGUUGUGUUUAGCAUGCGAUAUGGAUGCGAUGUUUUCAGCUGUAUUCUCGGGGGAUCGAACGCCCUAUAGCCCAGCUAAAUUCCUAUACAGUUGGUGGCAACAUGCAGCAAAUCUUGCGAGCUAUGAACAGCAAGAUGCUCAUGAAUUUUUCAUAUCGAUGCUUGAUGGGAUUCAUGAAAAGGUGGAUAAGGAUCGACGCAAGUCCCAGAGUCAAGGCAGCGGAGACUGUUGUAUUGCUCAUAGAGUAUUCUCUGGCAUAUUGCGAUCCGACGUCAUGUGUAUGGCUUGUGGUUUCACAUCUACAACAUAUGACCCUUGUGUGGAUAUCUCACUGGAUUUGGAACCAACCCAGGCAUGUUCAGCUAAGGCGGCAUCAUCAAAGUCUCAUCCUUCUUGCAACGGCGAUACAGAUUCCAUGAUGUCAAGCCAGAAGUGUGGAAUAUCCACCCUGAUGGGGUGCUUAGAUCGUUUCACAAGACCUGAGAGACUAGGUUCUGACCAAAAAUUCUUCUGCCAACAGUGUCAGGUGAGGCAGGAAUCUCUUAAGCAGAUGUCUAUAAGAAAGCUUCCAUUGGUUUCUUGCUUCCACAUCAAGAGGUUUGAGCAUUCUUCAAUCAGAAACAUGUCAAGGAAGGUCGACCGUUAUUUGCAGUUCCCACUUUCUUUGGACAUGACACCUUAUCUCUCUUCCUCCAUUUUGAGGAGUCGAUUUGGGAACAGGAUUUUCUGUUUCGAUGGGGAUGAGGCAGAUGCUUCGAGUGAGUUAUCUUCGGAGUUUGAGUUGUUUGCUGUUGUCACUCACGCGGGUAAAUUAGAUGCUGGUCAUUAUGUGACGUAUCUGCGGUUAAGUAACCAAUGGUACAAGUGCGAUGAUGCUUGGAUUACUCAAGUUAAUGAGAACAUUGUGAGGGCUGCCCAGGGAUACAUGAUGUUUUAUGUACAGAAGAUGCUUUAUUACAAAGCUAGCGAAAAACCAGUUGCUUCUCGAUAGGUUGACUGAAGCCUGAUAUAUUGAUGACUGAAAAACAACUGCAUGGAACAAAAGGUCGAUCUAGUCAUUGACAGUCAAGCUAAAUAUAUGAUGUAUUGCGCAUCGAAAAAAAAAAAAAAUGUAGCUGGUUUUUUAGACCAUGAAAACCACGUCACCGAGUUGCUGUUGUCAUUAGCAGAAAGACAGGCAGCUUGCCACUUUCUCUUUGAGUACACUUUAUGAAGAGGUAAUAUAUCAUUCUCAUAUGGAACGGAAAGUGAGCCUGAAUUUUUGAGGCACCCUACUCCAGCAUUGGGGAAAUUUAUAUCUGCAGAGGUAUGGAUUCCUUUUUUAAAAAAUGGUUUGUUGAUUUAAUUCUUUUUUGUUUUGUUUUUUUUAAACUCCUGCUAAUACAAGUAUUGUCAAUGGGUUGAUUCUUUUUCUCAUGGAUUCUUCUCAGAAGUUGCAAUGCUUGGAGGUUGAGUUUAUCAGUGUACUAACCUCUUAAAAUGGCAAAUCUAUGUUCAAAAUAUGAUUUUUGGAGCUUUCAG